AUGUCGGGGAUGCAAGUGUCCACGUUUCAUGGCGUCAAGAUCUACAACCUCUCGUCAGGGAAAACCUUACCGCAAUGGCUCUCCGAGAAGAAGCGGCGCUCCCUGUCGAAGGACGUGGAGUACCGAAGAAGGAUCGAGCUGCUGCAGGACUUCGACUUCCCGACGGCCUCUCAGAAGGUCUGCGUGUCGCCGGACGCGCAGUACGUUAUCGUCGCGGGCACGUACCCGCCGCAGAUCAAGGUGUUCGAGGUGGCCGACCUGUCGAUGAAGUUCGAGCGCCACCUCGACUGCGAAGCGGUGGACUUCAUGCCGCUGGCCGAGGGCUACGAGAAGCUCGCGUUCCUUUUGGCCGACAGGACGCUGGCGUUUCACGCGGGCUACGGCAAGCACCACUCCGUCCGGAUACCCCGCUUCGGCAGGUCGCUGGCGUACCAGAGGGAAACCUGCGAUAUGAUGGUGGGGUGUGGCGACGGUGAGAUUCACCGAUUUAACCUGGACCAGGGGAGGUUCCGUACCGCCAUGACGUUGCCUUCGGGGUCUUCUUCGUCUCAGGGGAAUCCUACGGCUGGGAUCAACAAGAUCGAGCUCUGCGUAGCGCACCAGCUCUUGGCGGCCGGCACCGACGACGGCUUCGUGCACUUGUGGGACUCGCGGCAGGGCCAGUCGGGCGGGGGGCGCGCGGUGGCGAGCCUGGACCUCAGGGACUCGGUAGACGCGGCCGCCGUUACGGCCGCGGAGCAGACGCUGGGAGGGUUCCAGGUUUCUUCCGUGGCCUUCGAUACCGACGGGCUGACGAUGGGAGUGGGCACGAGCUCGGCGCAUUGCCUGACUUUCGACCUGCGGUCGUCCAGGCCGACCUUUGUGAAGGAGCACCAGUACGGCCUCCCGAUCACCGGGAUCAAGUUCCACCAGGGCACCGAGAGGAGAGUGCUGAGCUCCGACGCGAAGACCGUGAAGAUCUGGAACAGGGACGAUGGGGCGGUGGUGACCAACGUAGAAACGCCGGCGGACAUCAACGACGUCUGCGUGGCGCACGACGCAAGGGGCGACUCCGGGCUCCUGCUCAUGGCGACGGAGCAGUCCCGGGUCCUCUCGUACUACGUCCCAGCGCUCGGACCGGCCCCACGGUGGUGCUCCUUCCUGGACGUGCUCACGGAGGAGCUGGAGGAGGAGCAGGAGGCGUCGGUCUACGAGGACUACAAAUUCGUCACGACCGCAGAGGUGGAAGAGCUUGGCGUGUCGAACCUCGUUGGCACUCCGUUGCUCAGGGGCUACAUGCACGGCUACUUCAUGGACAUGAAGCUCUACACAAGGCUCAAAGCGGUUUCAGAGCCGUUCGCGUACGAGGAGUACCGCAAGAAGAAGGUUAAGGAGAAGAUGGAAGAGAAGACGAAGAGCAGGAUAUCCAUCCGGACUAACCUUCCCAAGGUCAACCGGGCGAUGGCGGAGCGUCUCCUGGACAAAGCGGAGUCGGGGGACAAGAAAAAGCGGAAGGCCAAGCUGGAAGGCGAGGAGGGAGGCGGCGGCGGCGGCGGCGGCGGUGCUGUCUCGAGCAGCAACCCCCUCGGAGACGACCGUUUCGGAGCGAUGUUCGAGUCGGCGGAGUUCGAGGUGGACCCGGAGAGCGAGGAGUACGCCAGGGCCCACCCCACUUCGGUCAUCGCGAAUAAGAUGAGACAGAAGACGGAGGACGAGGCAGAGUCCGAGGACGACGCGAUCGAGGACCGGUUCACCAAGGUCGGCGGCAUCAACAAGGGGACGUCCGGCAGGGAUGGCAGCCCUCUUGCCGGGAGGGACUCGGAAGCCGGGUCGUCGUCGUCGGAUGGCGGCUUCAGCGAAGAGGAAGGGGAACGAGGGGAUGGGGCAGCGGGGUCGGAUUCCGAUGGGUCGGCUACGGGCCGCGCCGGGAAGGUUAGGAAGAAGGACGACGUGGUCCCGCGGAAGAAACGAGGUCGCGACGGAAAAACAACCAAGGGAGGGAAGCAGAGCCGUGCCAAGCCGGGCUUCUACGAGCUUAACGAUGAGGAGGAUGCCGCCACGGCGGCGGUGGGGCUGGGGGGCUCGAGAGACAAGCAGGCGCAGGCGCAAAGGCGAAGCCUGGUCCGGUGAGAACCCGGCGUGCUCCGUCCCGGCUUUGUAGGGAUGCGAGGUCAAUGGU